CUCUCGGGAUGGAGGAGGCGGGCUCUGUGAGCGCCGAUCUUUGCCGAGUGCAGCCGACGACUUCCGGAAGUGUUCGUGCAGCAGUCUGCGGCUCCCUGACUACACGCGAGCUUUUAAGGGUUUACUCACACAUCUGGGUACAAGUUAAAAUUAUUCCAUCCGCCACCAUGUCCGUUUUGUGUUAUAAUACCGGAUGUGGGCAGCGAUUUGAUCCCGAAAACAACCCAGACGAUGGCUGCAUCUAUCAUCCAGGAGUCCCAGUGUUCCACGACGCAUUGAAGGGAUGGUCCUGCUGCAAGAGAAGAACUACCGACUUUUCGGACUUCCUCAGCAUUGUUGGCUGCACAAAAGGGCCCCACAACAAGGAGAAGCCCCCCGAGCCGGUGAAACCAGAUGUGACAUCGUCAGGAGAAAAGAAAGACGCAGAUGACCAAAAGCCAAAGUUUAAUGAGUACAUCAUCUCGGCCCCAAAGCCUCAGGAGGCGAUCCGCAGACCAAGUGCUGAUGAGCCGAUGGUGAGAUUGCAGCAUAAAGUGUCUACUUCUCUGAAGCAAGCUCUGGAGAGACUGAAGCUUUCUGAGAAUAUGGCAAAGGAGAAAGAGGACGACAAUGACGAGAUCAAGAUUGGAACAUCCUGUAAAAACGGAGGAUGUACUAAAAGCUUCGAUGGACCGGCAUGCGAUUCGGACGUGUGCCUAUACCACUCUGGGUUUCCUAUCUUCCAUGAAGGGAUGAAAUACUGGAGCUGCUGCAAGAGGAAAACAUCCGACUUUAACACCUUCCUCUCCCAAGAGGGCUGCGCCAAGGGAACACAUGUAUGGAGGAAAAAGGACGCGGGUAAGAAAGUGGUUCCGUGUCGGUCGGACUGGCACCAGACGGGCUCGCAGGUCAUCAUCUCCAUCUACGCCAAGAACGCUGUCCCGGAGCUCUGCUACGUGGACGCAAACAGCACCACAGUGAGGGAGGGGGCACGACCCGCCCCGUCAAUUUCUGUCCGUCCCUACGCUGCUUUGUUUCUUUUCAACCAAAUGUCUGUUUCCAUUUUCUCCUUCAGCUCGACAUCCACAUCAUAUUUGAGGGAGAGAAGGAAUUUGUGCAAAAAAUCAGGUUGUGGGGAGUGAUCGACGUGAGUAAAAGCAUCGUGAACAUGAUGGCCGCCAAGAUUGAGAUAGCCACAAAGAAGUCCGAGCCCAUGUCGUGGGCUCGCCUGGACCUUCCUCCCCCGCCCCCGCCCAAGGAGCAGCAGCAGGAGGAGAAGGAAAAAGGGGAGUCGGAAAGCGAGGAUGAAGAUGAAUGAUGAGGAAUUACAAUAAAAAGAUAGUGUGUAUACUUUGCUGAAUCAAAGGCCAUGUAGUCCAUUCCUUACCUCCUGCAAAGAGUUGCCUUUUUUGCUCUCUUGGAACUUCCGCAUCUGCGCUUGAACAUUACAGGGUUUCCCUUUUCAUUCUUAGUUGUCGACUUUCCUGGUUUUGCCUGAUGUUUUGGUUUUAAUUGUCAUUUCGAAUGCUCAAAAAUCUCCCAAGUGAUAUUAUACUGAUUGAUAGUUAGCGUAACUGACGAUUAGCUUGUUAAUUGCAAUCAAACUAGAUUACUAUGGGACACGUAAAGCCUUUUUUAUGUGGAGCGCUCAUAACGAGUCAUUGUAAUCGACCCACAUUCCAUCCUGUGGUUUAACAAAGUGUUUAAAUUAUUGCUUUGAUUGUCCAUUUCUUUUACAUCAGACUAAAUCUUGCAAUUUUAUACCUGUAUAUUUCCAUCUGUAUGACAAUGAAGGUAAUCUGUGUUGUUAGAGUAAGACAUUUGGAUCUUAAGAUUUCUGCAACUGCAUUAUGUGGAUUUAUUCUGAAUAAAUUGUUUAAAGCAAUAGAAUUUGGCACCCAACCACCUUUUUCUUUUUUGCAAUUUAAAUAAUGAAAGUUCUUAGUUUUUUUUUUUUUACAUGACCAUAUUGUAUAUUUUGUGCAAUUUUUGCCCCGAAAAGCAUCCCGGCUGUAUUUUAUGUCCUCAUUUCUUGUCAAAGCAAUCUAAAGACAAUUUUCUAAAGAGAAUGUACUGUACUAUCUGAGAAUGGCAAUUGAAUACAAUGUAUUUUUAAGCAAAGUAGGCCUGCUUUAUUAUAAAAGUUGUGCUACAUCAGUGGUUCUCGAGGUUGGUGUUGACGUCGCAUACGCGUUGAGCCACUUGUGAAUGCACACAAACGUAAUAAGAUCUAUUUAAAAAGCAAACGAUAUCACUGGGAUGUAAUUGAAAUUGCCCGGUUUGAGAACUACUUCAUAUAUAGGCUGCAUGUUUCAAAGGCUAUGAAUGUAUGAAUUGCAUUGGGAUAAAUUAGGUGACUCCCAGUUAAGAUUAUUAGGGAACCAAUUUAUCUUCCUACAAAUAAACUUUUGUGUUGAACUUUCAAAA